AUGCAGCUUCCCGCCCUUUCCGGCGAUGUAACAGAACUCACCAUCGAUGCCUCACAUGAAAGCUACGACCCGCUGGACGAGACACUGGCCUUGUUCCGUGCCAACACCUUCUUCCGUAACUUCGAGAUCAAAGGUCCCGCCGACCGCGUCCUGAUAUAUGGCAUCCUGUUCGUUAGCGAAGUCAUUCAGAAAAUCAAGCCUCAGAUGCCCAGGAGAGAAGCCGAGAAGGCCGUCAUGAACCUCGCUCUCGAUACAAACUUUGCCAUUCCUGGCGAUGCUACAUUCCCUCUCAACCAGGCCUUCGAGCCUCCGCGAGACAGACAAGAAGCCGAGGUCUUGAGACAGUACAUCAGCCAAAUGAGACAAGAGCUGGCUACCAGAUUGUUGAACAGGAUAUACGCAGACGGCGAUGCACCUAGCAAGGUAGGAUCAUCUUCUAUGCCAUGUGCAAAUACAAGUACUAAAUUCGUCUUACCANNGUGGUGGUUGAGUUUCACAAAGAGAAAGUUCAUGGGCAAGGCCCUCUGA